AUUAGAUAUCAUAUAUAGUCGAUACUUUACACCGUAAAAUUGGACUGUAAGACCAAUUAGUGCGGUUAAAUGAUAUGAUUAUGAUGAGCCUCACUUCUUAAAGAAAGUUAUUAGUUCAGUAAACUUAUGUGCUACAAGUUUUAUCAAGAUAUGUUUUUCCAGAUCUGGGUGUUCAUUUUUCUAUGGCUUGCAGAGGAAGUACACAGUUCUCUCCAAUUGAACAAGAAGAAGGGGGACAUACAGCUUCCGAUUGAGUGUUCAUUGAACAGCGAUAUAUCUUUUAAAUUUACUAAUAAAAAAUUCAACAGAACACAAACCAUUGCAGCAUGCAGCACAAAUAUCAAUAGCUGUUAUUUAAGUGAUAAAAUCCUGGCUCGAAGUUACGCAAUAGCGAAAUCUGACGUCGGUGGAAUACUUUUCAUAAUUGGCGUAGGUGAGGAUACGUUUGGGACGUAUACAUGCUAUGAGACGUACAAUCAUACGAAUUCUGCUGCCGUUGAUAUUAGUGGCAACGAUCUUCAAACUUUUUGUUCGACGGGAAAAGUCAUCACAGAAAAUACUCUCAACUUCAUCGGAGUUGUGCUUGAUGGAGUCCAGACAGUUUUGUUGUGUCUUGGAUUCGUCUGUAUUCUUUGCAUAACGUGCAAAGUGACCUGUUGUAAAAAGAGAAAACUGCUAUGUGAAUGUCGGAAAUUUAUACGAACACUGAAUCUGAACGUGAACUAAUGAAACCUGUCGAAGAUAUGGAAAUAAAUGAUAUUGUACGGAAGUACAAAGGGCAGACACCCCAUCACACUCCGUCUGCGUACGAUGCUAUUGCUACUUCAGCAUAUAACCCGUUGCGUAGUCAGAGUCAUCGAUACUCGUUUACCUAGCAGUUAUGCCGAAAUACAAUUAUCUAUCGAAGUUAACUAAGACAUAUUUCACGAAGUGAUAAAAGUUACAGAUGGCGAAAUAAUUUUGUUUCAUCUUUCUGGAUUGCACCUGUGUUUUAGCAGACAAUCUCUAUCUAGUUCAGUUAUCCUUUUUCAAACUGUAAUUCAUGUAAAUUUCGAGCUCAGAUUUUAUAUUUAGACCCCUUAUUUUUUAGUACAAGGCGUUACUGCUGUUCUGAAGAUAUAACGAAUAUGCUAUGCUUGGUCAAUGUCUCAUUAUAAGACAUGGUUUAAAAUAAAAUUUUACCAGAUGAUUAUACAAAAAUACUUUCCUGAUA